CUCAGUCAUCAUGACACAUCUUCAACAACACCAGGGAAAGCCAAAGCGUUUUAUUUGCUAACCUUGAGGAGAGGUUGGCUCCUUCUUAUGGUUAGCAUUGAAGAAGUUAGACUAUUUGGCUUGAAGACGCCGUCCGGGUGCUGACUUUAUGGGCUUUAAGCUUCUCAGAGUUUGCCAGAACGAAGUGGACACUGUCAGAAGCUAGUGCAUGCUAACGCUUGCUAAGUGAGGGCGGAAGGAGGAACUGCGGGACAAGGAGGAUCGAUGAGAAAUGGUGCACUGCUACUGAGAUGCUUGCUGGCUAGAAGUUGUUCGCCACCUGGUUUGGAAUGUAGGAGGUCACAACACCAGGACUGCAAACGUGAGACAUGAAUCUGCACCAGGUCCUCACAGGGGCUGUCAACCCUGGCGACAACUGUUUCUCUGUAGGGAGCAUCAACAAUGUCCCAUUUACAGCUUAUGCUUCUGGAUGUGAUGUGGUGAUUUUGGGCAGCGACUUUCAACGACUCCAGAUCAUCCCAGGAGCAAAGCAUGGCAACAUUCAAGUAGGCUGCGUUGACUGCUCUCUUCAAGGACAGAUUGCGGCUUCCUAUGGAAGCAUCGUAUGUGUAUUUGAGCCACAUGAGCCACCGAAUCCAAAAGACACAUCCUCGACGACGUCAACUGGCCAGUGGCAGAAGACGGGUCAAUUUGUGUUGCAGUCCAUGAUACGAAACCUGGCUUGGCAUCCUACAGGUGGAACUCUUUUGACAGGCUCCACCAGCCUCCAGUUAUGGUCAAACAAAGAAGAGUUAAAAAAUGAGGGUGGUGGAAGAUGUCCUGAAAUGACCAUAGGAGACUACAACAGUACCUGGCGCUGUAUCUGGCAGAGCAAGACAGCCUCUCCAGUCAGUCUCAUGAAGUUUUCCCCUGAUGGACAAUUCUUUGCUACAGCUGGCCUAGACGACUGCCUUGUCAAGGUCUGGUACAGCACAAGCAAGUGGAAGUCUGGCGUUUCCUGCCUGUUCACGCCUCCAGAAAGCGAUUGCAGUCUCAAGGGAGAGCUGGCGUUUUCCUUUGUGUACCUAGCACAUCCUCGUUCAGUGACUGGCUUCUCUUGGAGAAAGACCAGUAAAUACAUGCCAAGAGGUUCAGUGUGCAACGUUCUUCUCACCUGCUGUAAGGACAGUGUGUGUCGACUUUGGGCAGAGACACUGUUGCCGGGUGACAGCCUCCUCUCAGGUCACCAUAACAACCAUGCCAGCAGCCAACAAGGUGAUUCACUGAGAAGUCCUGGCUGCCCCGUAACAAACAACUGCUCCGAGAAACCACAGUGGACAACAGCACAAGAUUUGAACAUCCAAGGGUCAUGGAGCCCCCCACUAUACCGGGAUGUGCCACAGCCCGCAAUGACCGGCUGCCUUCCCCACAAUCAAAGCAGACACUGCAACCACAAGAGCAGCAGCACUCUGCCCCAUGUCAACGCUCUCUGUCACUUCCACAUUGCUGCCAGCAUAAACCCUGCUACAGAUAUUCCUCUUCUUCCCUCCAUAUCUUCCCUGAGUGGUAUGGAUGAUGACGAACCUGGAGGCCUUUUCACUGUCCAUUUCCUGAACAACAAAGAGCUGCAUUUCACAUUAGCAAUGGAAGUUUUCCUGCAGCAGCUUCGGGACAACUUGGAACAACACAGUGAAGGCUUCCAUGAAGAGACUGAAACUGACGACAACUUUGAAGAGGGUGAUAGUUGCAGGCCUAAUGAUCCCCAAGCGCCCGAUUUGCUGCAGCUUCCCAUGGCAGCAGUGGAGCACCAGGUGGAUGUACUAGUGGAGGAAUGGAAUAAGGCUGCUGACAUGCUGUUCAGCAUCCAUCCAAUAGACGGCUCCUUGUUGGUCUGGAACAUUGACUGGUUAGAUGAAUAUCAUCCAGGAAUGUUCAGACAGGCUCAGGUUUCCUUUGUGUCUCGAAUCCCUGUCGCGUUCCCAACAGGUGAUGCUAUCUCCCUGAGCCACGGCGUAGUCAUGUAUGCUUGCAACAAGAACGUUGACCUGGCAAUCCAACAUGGCAGGCAGAGACAUCCUGGAAGCACAUUGCAGGCACAAGCAAAGUCUGCACUGAUAAGCUAUGGAGGUCAGGGGAAGUCCACAAUGUGCAACAGUCUUCGUUUAAGCAUCUUCACCCCCAACGUGCUGAUGAUCUCCAAACAUGCCGAUGGCUCCUUGAACCAAUGGGCUGUGAGCUUUGCCGAGGACUCUGCUUUCUCCACUGUGCUGAGUGUCUCCCAUAAGUCUCGGUACUGUGGUCAUCGCUUCCACCUCAAUGACCUGGCCUGUCAUUCAGUACUUCCUCUUCUGCUCACCACAUCCCACCACAAUGCCUUGAGAACUCCAGAUGCAGAAAGCAUCCUAGCCCCUCCUGAGGCCUACUCCUCUGGCAUCUCAGAUUCAGGGUCACUUGCCCGUGGAUCAAGGUCCAGUCGAGCGUCCCUCGGUGUGAUCUCCCAAGAUCCUAAUGCCAUCUACAGUGAGCUGAUUCUGUGGCGAGUAGAUCCUGUGGGGCCGCUGUCUUUAUCAGGUGGCGUGUCUGAGUUAGCACGGAUCAAUUCUCUACAUGCUUCAGCUUUCUCAAACGUAGCCUGGCUUCCUACUCUGAUUCCAAGCAGCUGUUUGGGAGUGUACUGCAACUCACCCAGCGCCUGUUUUGUGGCGAGUGACGGCCAUUCACUCAGGCUGUAUCAGGCUGUUAUUGAAGCCAAGAAACUGCUCAGUGAACUCUCAAAUCCUGAGAUAUCAAAAUACGUCGGGGAGGUUUUCAACAUCAUCAGUCAACAAUCGACUGCAAAACCUGGAUGCAUCAUUGAGCUGGAUGCCAUCACUGAUUUUCAGGGAAAGGAGACUCAGCUCUUGCAUGUAUUUGAAGAGGAACUGAUCUUCGGCAAUGAGCAGUUUAACAACACACCAGACACCUCAAGCAAUCUGAUGUUCUCUGCACGCUUCUUCCUGGUGGUUGUGGAGCUGACACCAAAUGGGCGUUCAGUUUUACAUAUGUGGCAUCUACAUCUUACGGCUCUUCCAAUCACUAUCGAUGAGACAACGCAAAAAGAUCCCACAUCUUCUACCCAGAGCAGCUCUCAGUUCAGCUUUGACAUGUUCUCUCCGGUGACUCAGAAGAAUAAACCGUGCACCUCCAAUCUGCAGAGUGCCUGUCGCCUCAGCCUUGUAAAGAGUCGGGUGUAUAGUCAGGAGAUGGCCCUGCCUGAUGGAGUUGAAGUACUCACCAUUACACCAUCUGCAGGUCAUCUCAGUGCCUCAUGUUCACUGCCAGCUGACAGAGUGCCUUACUUGCUUGCCACUUCCUGCUCGGAUGGAAAUGUGCGAUUCUGGAGGUGUGACAUCAUCACGACUGCGAAUUUGGCAGUGGACAAGUUUGUCUACCAAUGGGAGGAGUGGCCACUGCUCGUGGAGGAGGGUCUUCCUAAUUGCAGUGCAGUUAGUGUCCCUGGUGUCCCCAUGGAGGUCAGCUGCUGUCACACCGGACGUAUCGCUGUUGCUUACAGGCAAAUGCCUAACACAUCUUGCAGUUUGACACCUAAUCAAACCUCGUGCGGACUUUUGACUUCCCCUCCCAUCCUGGCUUCAUCUCCUUUUCUGCCGAAUAAAGAGAACACGACCAACCCAUACCAGACGCCAAUGCUGAUCGUGCAAAAUAAUCCAAAGCUGUCUUCAAGUCCUUGUCUGGCCACCACAAGGGAGCCUGUGCUCCACAUUGGUGUUUUCCAGUGCGAAGGAACUGGCGGCUCACAGUGGAUUCUAGAGCAGACUAUCGUCCUCGAUGGCUCAGACUCCACAUGUAGCUUUGGUUACACCUCUCUGAAUGGCAAUAUUCCAAAUGGCGAUAGGGAUUUGCCUCUAGACAGCUGUUUUAGUUUUGGUGGUAAAAGCUUGGUUCAUUUAGACUGGGUCUCCCAAGAGAAUGGGUCGCAUGUUCUCACCGUUGGUCUUGGGGCAAAGAUUUACAUGUAUGGACGUCUCUCUGGAAAGCCUCCCCAACUCGGCCUGUCAUCUGACAGCAGUAGCUUGUCUCGCUUGGUGCUGCUCAGGUCAGUUGAUCUGAUCUCCUCUGUUGAAGGAUCCCUUCCCAUCCCGGUUUCCCUCUCAUGGGUACGAGAUGGCAUCUUGGUUGUAGGAAUGGACUGUGAGAUGCACGUCUACUCCCAGUGGCAGCCCCCGACACCUUCCAAACCGAAUCCUGGUUUGGGACAAGAAAUAGACAUAAGUAGCAGUGUCUCGUCCAUUAUCUCUGCUGUGAGACAAAGUCAGGAGGAGAGUCUGAGUACCGGAGCUCCUAUGUCACUGCUGGCGCCACCUAAAAAAGCCCUCACUAGGUCAAUGAUGAGUCUGGCUCAGAAACUCAGUGGGAAGAGAACUGCCUAUGAUCUGCCCUUAGAAAUGGAGGAUACAGGACUCUUUGAAGCAGCGCACAAUCUCUCUCCCACUUUACCACAAUAUCACCCAGUGCAACUGUUGGAGCUCAUGGAUCUGGGGAAGGUCCAUCGUGCCAAAGCUAUCCUGUCCCACUUGGUGAAAUGCAUUGCUGGAGAAGUCGUGGCCCUUAAAGACACCAAUUCAAACCCAGAGAAGCGUGUACGCUCUAGAACAAUCAGUGCUGGUGGUAGCACUGCCAGAGACACAAAGAUUUUCAGCAAAGGCGAGAACCCUACUUCGGACUACACAGAGAUCAGCUCCAUCCCUCCUCUGCCCUUGUAUGCACUUCUGGCAGCCGAUGAAGAUAUGACACCUAAAUCGAGUGGGUGCGCCACUGAUAAAGUGGACAGUGUAAGUGGUGAUAGUGGGCAUGAUUCCACCCACAAAGACACCUAUGAUGAGUUAUUUCAUACUCCUAGCAUCUCAGAUUUGGAUGCACUCGACCCUGACCUGGACCAAACUGGGAAUAAGGUCAUAGACUUCUCCAAGUACAGUCCCACAUACUUUGGCCCUGAACAUGCUCAGGUUCUGUCCAGCCACCUCCUCAGCUCCAGUUUGCCAGGUCUAACCCGUAUGGAGCAAAUGUCGCUCAUGGCACUUGCUGACACUAUUGCUACCACCAGCACCGACCUCAAGCACAACCAGGACAAAGGCAAAGGUGGAGAGACUCUGGAUGAAUGUGGUCUGAGGUUCCUAUUGGCUGUCAGGCUCCACACCUUCCUGUCAACGUCUCUUCCUCCAGCACACCGAGCGCAGCUGCUCCGCCAAGGCUUGUCUACAUGUCAUUACGCAUGGGCUUUUCAUUCUGAAGCAGAAGAGGAACUGCUUAACAUGCUGCCUGCUCUGCAGAAGGAAGAGCCGACCUGGCCCGAAUUGCGCUCCAUGGGGGUCGGCUGGUGGCUGCGCAGCACAAAUAAGCUUCGCAGGUGCAUAGAGAAGGUUGCCAAAGCGUCUUUUCAAAGAAACAAUGAUCCUUUGGAUUCCGCUCUUUUUUACCUUGCUAUGAAGAAGAAAGCGGUGGUUUGGGGUCUGUACAGGUCUCAGAAAAAUGCCAAAAUGACAGAGUUUUUCCGCAACAACUUCAGCGAAGACAGGUGGAGGAAAGCAGCGCUAAAAAAUGCAUUUUCUCUUUUGGGCAAGCAGCGGUUUCAGCAUUCUGCUGCCUUCUUCCUUCUUGCUGGCUCCCUCAAGGAUGCCGUGGAGGUUUGUUUGGAGAAAAUGCAGGACAUUCAGCUGGCACUCGUGAUCUCAAGAUUGUAUGAGUCCGAGUUUGAGACGGCAUCCACUUACAAAAAGAUCCUACAACGGCAUGUACUGGGCCAAGACAAACAGAUUCUAGCUCAUGAGGAUCCAUUCUUGCGAAGCAUGGCUCACUGGGUCCUGGAGGAUUACAGCAGGGCCUUGGAUACGCUUCUUGUGGAACCAGCUAUCGUCUCCACAUUGGGGCCCAGUGAUACUCAAUCAAUUGCUGGAUCGUGUGUUUCCAUGUGUAAUCCUGAGGUUUUCAACUUCUACACAUACCUGCGCACUCACCCACUCCUCCUUCGCCGGCAUUUUGGAACCUCAGACAAGGCUAAAGUGGGCCUGACAGCUGAGCGGCGUCAGGCAGACUCCAUUAGCCUUCGAGAAAGAAGACUGUUUUUUACAGCUGCAUAUGCUCAUUUGCAAGCUGGUUGCCCAAUGUUAGCUCUUGAUGUCCUCUCCAAGAUGCCUAAAGUUCGCAAACAUUCUGAACUCCCCCAGACUGAUCCUACCAUCAACUCUGAUCUCAGCACGGGUAGUAAGAAUGGGCAUGCAUCUGAGCCUGACUGGUCUCAGCCCAAUUUGAAUGGCUAUGAUUCCGGUGGGGAAAGCUUCUCUGACAGCCAGGCUGAUUCCGUGUUGAGCUUUGACUGGAGUCAACCAUCACACACACUUCCAGAGGAGUCACUGGAGCUGAAGUGGGACAGCGACAAGGAGGAGGAUAAUCAUGAGGAUGAAGAGGAAACAAGAGAUGGUCAAAACAGUCAAACAGCAGACUGCAGUAGUGUGUUCCAUGACAGUCAGGAUGCACUAUCGCCUCUAAUGGAGACAGUGACAGGGGAGGACAAUGAGGACAGUGAUCUCUUCAUCUUACCAUCUAAUGACAUUUUAGUGGCCCAGCUGAAGUUCACAGCCUGCUUGAAAAUCAUGACCAAUGAGCUGAGGACACUUUCCACAGGAUAUGAACUGGAAGGAGGAAAGCUCCGUUACCAGCUUUACCAGUGGUUGGAAAGAGAGGUGCUGGCUCUCCAGCAUUGUUGCAGCUACAAGCCCUGCCUCCCGGAGUUGACUGCUCACGAUGAUGCCGCUUUUUCUGGCACGCUGGAGGAGGAUCAGAGUGCACACUCUCCUCAUGAUGGUCAGCGCAGAAGGAUACACUGGCUUCAGAGUAACCAGCCGUUACUGAGGAUGUUCCUGAGCUACUGCAGUCUGCACGGCUCGCACGGUGGUGGACUAGCUUCUGUCCGCAUGGAGCUUAUUCUGCUGAUCCAGGAAUCACACCAGGAUGACUCUAUACAGCUGGCCGUUUCCCAGUGUUCCCAUCCCACUUCCAUCCCCCUUUUGAUGGCCUGCACAGCCAAUGUGAAGACAGUGGUGGCCAAUCCUAUUGUGUACCUGACCAACCUGGCCCAUGAUAUCUUGCACACAGUCUGUGCUCUCAAUUCUCCUCCUCAUCCAGAUGUUGUUAACAAUGAGAUAUAUGUGUUGCACACAUUGGCUGCCUCCUUGUCUGCCUGUAUAUAUCAGUGUCUGUGUGAUGGACAUUCAUACAGCCACAUGGAUCAGUUUACUGGCGUCGUGUACCAGAGUGUGUUGCUGUCCCAGAAGCAGCCCAUCAGAAUGACCAGUAUGGAUGAAUCCGUGCAGCCAAACACAUCACCUGCACAGUGGCCUGGUAUCACCUCUAUGAUUCGUCGCCUGAGCUCAGCGGGCGAAGAGAGUCAGACAGGCUUAGCCAUGCUGCUCUGUGAGAUCCUGACUGCUGUCUACCUCAGUUUGUUCGUUCACGGCCUGGUCACCCACUCUAGCAAUGAGCUAUUUCGCAUCGCAGCCCACCCCCUCAACGGCAAACUCUGGAUGACAGUGUUUGGAGGAGGAGCUCACACCCCUGUGAUUGACAAAACUUCCAGUCCAGAGGAGACGCCACCUCUCGCCUCCCCAAACAUUGAAGACUCAUCCGACAGGAAGCCCAGACGGUUCCGCCUCCUGCGCUCACGCAGCAGGUCGAGGGAUGAACAUGUGCCAGAAAAAUUGAGUCCAUCCAGUCCAAAAUCCGAACCUGUUGUGAACCGCCAAGCUACCUCUAUCUUUAAAGAAUGCUUUGUUCCACCCGAGCUAAGCGUUUGGGAUUAUUUCAUUGCGAAGCCUCCACUGCCGCCGUCUGAAAACAGAGUUGAAUAUGACUCUGAAGAGAGCCAGGGCAGUCAAGAUGAAGAUGAAGAGGACGAUGAUGAAUAUGAAGACGUAUUUGACCCCAACUCUCCACUGAGAGAGCACUCUAAUCAUAACUCAUACAGUUGGUGUUUAAUGCGCCUGGCAAUGGUUCAGCUGGUGCUCGUCAACCUCAAGUCCUUCUACCCGAUGGCAGGAUAUGAUCUAUUAGAUCUGCCUGUGGGCUCUCCACUAUGUCACACUGUGUUGAAGACUCUGCAGCGCUGGGAGCAGGUGCUGCAGAAAAGGCUGGAGAUCUUUGGGGGCCCCCCAUCUAAGUAUAUCUUCACAAACUCCCAGGAUGAAACAGCAGCACCUGGCCCAGCUCUGCUCCGACAUAAAGCUCUGUUCGAACCAUCUAACACUCCAUUCAGGACCAACCACCGCUCAGCGCUGCCAGUGAAGCGUCUGUGGCAAUUUCUGGUGAAAGUGGAUGAAGUGCAAGAGACUUUCAUAAAAAACAUUUUCACCAAGAAACGGGACCCAAAUGAGUUGGUCGAGGACCCGGCUGACAUUUUGAAAUGUUCAGGCACGGAGGAAACGGGAAGCUCUCAGACAGAGUCAGAUCAGGGCUGCCUUGGAGGAAAAGCUCGCAUCAUUCACAAGGAAUCUGACAUCAUCACGGCAUUCGCCAUCAACAAGGCGAACCGUAACUGUUUGGUCAUGGCCUCCACUCAUGACAUCCAAGAGCUGGAUGUGUCGUCCAUCUUGGCCACACAGAUCAUGACCUGGAUUGACGAAGAGGAGGCUGAAGCAAAAGGGAGCAUGGGCACUGAUGACUUCCUGGUGGUUCAUGCACGAGAUGACUUUGCCUCCCACCAUGGCACCACCCCUUACACCCACAGCAGCCCCGGCACCCCCAUCAACGUGCCGUGGCUGGGCGGACUCCAGACUGGGAGGGGCGCUGCCGUGAUGAUUAAGAGGAACAUCAACAAUGUGAGAAGAAUGACGUCUCAUCCGACGCUGCCUUAUUACUUGACCGGAGCUCAGGACGGGAGCGUGCGGAUGUUCGAGUGGGGUCAUUCUCAGCAGAUCAUCUGCUUCAGAAGUCCAGGGAACUCCAGAGUCACCAGGAUCCGGUUCAACCACCAGGGAAACAAGUUUGGUAUCGUGGACGCUGACGGCGGCCUGAGCCUGUGGCAGACAAACACCAGCGGCGCUGCUCCCAAACCCUACUUGACGCUCCAGUGCCACAACAAAACAGCUCACGACUUUGUCUUCGUGGGCUCGUCCUCCCUCAUCGCCACUGCAGGUCUCUCCACCGACAACAGAAACGUGUGUCUGUGGGACACCCUGGUGACGCCCGCCAACAGCCUGGUGCACGCCUUCUGCUGUCAGGAGUCUGGAGCCACGGUGUUGCUCAUGGCUCCCCGGCAGCAGCUGCUGGUCACAGGAGGCAGGAAGGGCUGGAUCAGCGUGCUGGAGCUGCCUCACCGACACCAGCGCCAGAGCUUCCAAGCCCACGACUCGCCGGUCAAAGCUCUGGCCGCCAGUCCCACGGAGGACUGCUUCAUCAGCGGGUCAGCCGAGGGCAACAUCAAAGUGUGGGACUUGACCACCCAGUGCCUGCUCUUCACCUUCCCCAGCGAGCACGCCCGCCAGUCCAUCUUCAGGAACCUGGGCACAGGGGUCAUGCAGAUCGAGAUGGGCCCAGCCAACCACGUCUUCUCCUGCGGCGCCGACGGCACCAUGAAGAUGAGGAUCCUGCCCAACCGCUACAGCGUCAACAACAACAACAACGAUGGAAACCUCAAGAACGACGUCAAGUUCUACAUCUAACAGGGGCUGCUGGAGAGCCGUGACGUGAGACUUGAAGUGGGGCGGCGUGGGCACCCGGAGUGGGUCGACCCCGUGACCCUCAGCUGAGGAUCUUCCCUGACUGCCAUUUCUACUGAUCAGCACACGGACACUUUUGCACUGGGAACACCACGGGGUGUCGUUUCUUUCCCCUCUCCCCCCAAACACUGGCACCACACACUCCAGCCAGCCUCCACCGGCGACACCUGGUGGACCGACCCUUGUUUUUUUUGUUUUUUUUGGUAGAUCUGGAAUUGAAGAGUUUCUUCAACUUGGGGAUUUUCGUUCACACGCUUUGCAAGUGUUCCAGUUAGCCCAGCACAACUUGUACAAAUAAGAUAGUGAUCUAUUAACAAAAGCUAGCUUAGCUUAGCGUAUAUGGCGUGGUGUCAAUCGAUUGUCCACAGUCAAGUCUUUCUCCUCGCGGCCGAUCCUCACUAGCUAGCUGCUAUUGCCUUCAGCGUUUUGAACUUUUGACACGUUUACUUUCCACGAUGAUCCGUUUGCACAUAAAUAUGAAGCUAAUGUGACUCGACAACGCAGCUCGACCUCGACUCAGCGACUCUCGCUCCGAAAAUAAUAAUGUACAGCACGACGUUUUCUUUGACAAAAUGGCGGCCUGGAUUUAAGCAGUGGUUUUGAUCAAGUGUCCUUAACAUGACUAUCCAGAUGCACAGAGAAGCUUUCACGGACGGCGGUACGCGUUUCUGCGCUUGAAGAUGUAGCAGGAACUCCAUGGACGAUAUUCCACAUUCAGUUAUUGAAAUGUAUUUGUUUACCUUUUUUGUGUCCUUUUUUUUUUUUUUUUUUUUUAACUACCACAUGAUUUAUUUUGUAUCGUCGCGUCACCACGGUCGCUAGUGUUGCCGCUGCGUCAUUCCUGAAGUGUGUUUGCUGCUGGAGUUGUUCAUUUUAGAUUGUUUGUAAAUACACUAAUUAUUCUUCGACGUCAACAAAUGGCGUGUUUAUGACAAAUCUAGUUGUGUAUUAAAGCGAGUAUAUUUAUGAAAAAUUCCUAUUUAUGAACGCCGAGCUCACGUCCCUGUUCUUUUUUUUUGUUUUGUUUUUUUGCAGGUUUGUUUUUAUUUUGUGGACAAUCUGUGCAAUUUUCUUGAUUUCCUUCCGCCUCUGAUGGAACGCGUUUAACUCCGAAGAUCGCGGGAGAUUAACUAUAAAAUUUAUCACCCCCCCAAAAAAGUUGACUUUGGAGUGGAUCAGCAAUGGUUGAAGUUUUUCCUUCUCAAUCUAAAAAAAAAAUGUGAAUAGAUGCUAAAUUUUCUAAAGAAGAUAUUGUGAUGUAUUACCAAAUAACCAUGUAAUAAAAAAUGCAACAAGCAGGUGAUCUAGACUUGUUACAGAUUCUUUGUUU